GCCCGCCAUGUCGCCCCUCCCCCAGCAGCAGCAGCGAGAGUGACCGGGCGGGAACCCGGAAGCGCUUUCCCUUCCUGGUGACACCUCAGCAGCCACCUCAGCCGGAGGAGUGAGGUGGCGUCGGGACAGUUAGCGAGCCCACCAUCCCUGCCGGCGCGGCGCUUCCCCCCCGGCGUAUGUUCUGUCGCUGCCUCUUGGCUUCCGCGGCUCGUGUCGGUCCCUCGGCUCCUCGGCUGGGCGCGGCGGCGGCGUCCUUGGCUUCUUCCGCCCCUUCCCCUCGCUUGCUGCUCCUCAUGAAGCCGGUGGUCGUGUUCGUUCUCGGCGGGCCUGGCGCCGGAAAGGGGACCCAGUGCGCCCGCGUUGUGGAGAAAUACGGUUACACACACCUCUCAGCAGGUGACCUGCUUCGAGAUGAGAGGAAGAGACCGGGCUCUCAAUAUGGAGAGCUCAUUGAAAGUUACAUUAAAGAUGGAAAAAUUGUUCCUGUUGAGAUAACCAUCAGCUUGUUAAAGAGGGCUAUGGAUGAAACUAUGGAAGCCAAUGCACAGAAGAAUAAAUUCUUAAUUGAUGGAUUUCCCAGAAAUGAAGACAAUCUUCAGGGCUGGAACAAAACCAUGGAUGGAAAAGCAGAUGUAUUGUUUGUUCUCUUUUUUGAUUGUAACAAUGAGGUAUGUAUUAACCGUUGCCUUGAAAGAGGAAAGAGCAGUGGCAGAAGUGAUGACAACAGAGAAAGUCUGGAAAAAAGAAUCCAUACAUAUCUAGAGUCUACCAAGCCCAUAAUAGACCUCUAUGAGAAAAUGGGCAAAGUUAGGAAAGUAGAUGCCUCUAAAUCUGUUGAUGAGGUUUUUGGCAAAGUUGUGAAGAUCUUUGAUAAAGAAGGCUAGUUCUCUACUUGAACACUGUUUUCAAACUUGCUUGAAUCUUGCUUUAAGAGCUGCUACUAUAGUUCAUUUUAUAAUGGUGAUAAAAUAGGCCUUUUUAAACACUUUUGUGUUGAAAACAGUUUAAAAAUGGUUAAUUUGAAAACCUGGUUUAAAAUAUGAGUUAGAAUUAGAUGUGGCUUGUCAUUAAGAUAGAUACUGUCAAAAAGAUUUGCAACUGGUAAAGAACCCUAAUUGCAGAACAAAAAUAGUAAUUAAAUGCUAAUCCUAACUAUUUUCAGAAAGCAUCUGGUGAUCUCCUUAAUUUUUCUUUUCUUACUGCCCAAAGCCAUGUUAUUUUUUAGAAUCCCGCAUACUGAAAUUGUAAAUAUAAAUAAGAGGGCCUGUUGAAUUUCUUUUCGGUUUCUUUUUCUUUUAGUUUUGGACCAAAUAUGGGGAAAUCGUAUGUGUGUGUUUUUAAAAAAAAUAUGAUAUUUGCUGUUUUGAAUGACAGGCAAUUGCUGUAAGCAACAGUUUUAAACAGUUUCAAUACCCUUUGUAUUGAAUAGUUCUUGUUUAUUUGGUUGCUAAUAAAGCAAUGACCCUCAUGUGGCACCCCAAUAUUACCCACACUACUUGGAAGUUGUCCCGUUGCUUUCACAUUUUGGUGCUCCCUGUAUCCCACACAUGCUUUUCCAAAGAUAAUGAGGAGCAACAGUAUCUGGAAAUCACAUACGUUAUAGUUUAUAAUCAGUGGGUUGGAUUCAAUCUACGUUGCACUUAGGUCCCACUGAAAUCAAUUUGAAAAGUUUAGUCAUGAUUAAUUUUAAUCCCAUUGAUUUUAAUGGGAGAAUGCAACCAGCAGAGCAAUCCUUAACAGCUCCUGCAGGCUCCAUCCUGAUAAUCCCAUUUUGCGAGUUUUGCACUGUCUAUCCCCCAGAGCAUAGCAGAAGCCUCCAUCACAGCAAAACCAGGCAAAUACAUACCAUCUCAGAGGGUUAGGACUGCAGCCUAACUUAAGUUGGGUCAAGCCUAGUUCAUUUAGGGCUGAGGAUUCAGAUUAUGUAGGUGCUGCACACAUUUAGGUGUCUGUGUCUUUGCAAGUAAUAUGGGCAUUUUCUAUUUGCAGUACCCACAAGGGUUAAGAAAUCAGAUAUUUGAAAGCAGCUAUUACGGUAACAUUCACUUGCCACACAACUCUAGCUGCAUGAUAAAAUUAAUCUAGAAGCUUUGUAAAAAAAUUAUUUAUUCAGUGAUUUGAAGUGUAUGUUUUGAGAUAGGUUGGAGGGGAAAUUCUUAUGAUUAUAUUUUCCGUUAAAAUUGUAUAACUUGAACAUUUCGACUCAAUUAUACGUUUGAUAUGGUUUGACCAAUAUAAAAGCAUACUAGAUCUGUAUUGUUUAAAUUUAAUGUGUUGCUGGUGGCAGAAAUGAGUUUUUAAUAACUUGAUUAAUUUGGAUAACAAAAACAUGCUGAAAUGCUUGCACAACUGUUCUAAUUGCACAUUUCUUUAAUUUAAAAAUGGCAUAAAAUAUGGGGCUGGUUACUUAAAUCUGUGGGGUUCCUUUUUACUUUUUUUAAAUGUCCAUUGAAUAGGAUCUUGGAAAUGUGAUGAUUCAUAUUUAUUAGUGCACUCAUUAAGGUUUCUUGUGAUGGUUGCUUCAUAAGCUACCAUUUUAACUAUGUUUACAACUAUUAUUUUUCCUAUUUUUGUCUCUCUCUCACAGAAUAGCAUUUAGUGAUAUAUUUUGUCUUUUAAUUAAAAUAUAAUUAAGGAACUGCAA